CGUGCGAUAAUUGCGACGUCCAACAUUGUGUUGUCGAUGUUGAACUCGAAGUGUCGGAAUUUUAAGUUUGAUGAUAAAUUACACAGGUUUUUUUUGUUUAUGCGAAGGUAAUUUCUAAAUACACGGUGACGCAAUUACCGUUAUUUUGGUGUUGCGUUCACUGUCGCAGCCCCGCGCUAAUGCAAGCUAAUCGAUGCUAACCUGUUACACAGUGGGUCUCGGCGUUUUGCCUUGUGUUGGACAUAUUCACUCUCCUUCCUCCCAUAAGUUAUCAUGUUCCACAACAGCUCCCAUAGAAAAUUCUGGGUCUUUAAAAGCGAGGACGAAGUGGAGCUGCUGAGAUAUGAAGCCAACCAAAAAUUCUGCAAGAAGAUAUUAGAAAGCGGGAAGUCUGGGCUGAGCGAGUCCAUGUUCUUGAGCCGUCAUGAGGAAGACACUUUAUUUAGACACUAUGAGAAGAGGCUGGUGGACUUCUGCAACGCUUUCAAACCUGCCAUGCCCAGAUCUGUGGUGGGUACAGCAACCAUGUACUUCAGGAGAUUCUACUUAAACAAUUCCCUUAUGGAGUAUCACCCAAGGAUUAUCAUGCUGACGUGUGCAUACUUGUCCUGUAAGGUGGAUGAGUUCAAUGUAUCCAGCAGCCAGUUCGUGGGUAACCUGGUGCAGGAGAGUCCAGCCGGGCAGGAACGGGUACUGGAGCAGAUCUUAGAGUAUGAGCUACUGCUUAUCCAACAGCUCAACUUCCACCUGGUGGUUCACAACCCGUACAGACCCAUGGAGGGUCUGCUCAUCGACCUCAAAACAAGACUUCCCACACUGGAGAACCCGGAGAUUCUGAGGAAGAGUGCUGAUGACUUCCUGACGCAGGCAGCCAUGACUGAUGUCGGACUACUGUUUUCUCCCUCUCAGAUCGCUCUCACAGCUAUAAUGAACAGUGCGUCACGAGCUGGUCUCAACAUGGAGAGUUACCUGACUGAAUGCUUGGGCAUGAAAGAGGACAAAGAGACUCUCUCAAAGAUGUUCGACUCGAUGAGACGAAUGAAAACCCUUCUGAAGAAGUACGAACUCCCAAAAUCAGAGGAAGUGAACAUUUACAAACAGAAGCUGGAGAGGAUUCAUGCUGAAUUUGCAACAAGCUCAAGCAACAAACGAAAGAGAGGAUAUGAGGAGGAUGGCCACGUGGCGAAAGAACCACGGCUGGUAGAAGAGGAAUGGACUGAUGAAGACCUGAUAUGAAGAUGUUGUGAGGUCAAGGGUUUCUCACAGCAGAAUUCUAGUAUUAAAAGGUCAACGUUAAUGACACUGUCUCCACAGACCACAUAUUUGAGUUUGCUGAAAUGUAUAUGUACUUUACUACAUGAAACUGCGGCCAAUCUGGUGUUUUCCUUUUGUUCUUAAGUAAGAAUAAAGAUAUUUUUCUACAUACAGAGUUGAGUAGUGCAGUUGUCAUGCAAUACUGUGUACAGAGAUUCUCCACCUUUGUCUAAGGACAAAGAACGACUCCAUUAUCUACUUUACAAAAACGGUUUAAUAAGUGCAUGCAUGUCUGAUACAGUCUGUACUAUUCCAAAAAGAAAAUUACUGCUGUAAACUCUUUUCAUUUUACUUGGUUUCUGAGUAUGUGGCUUCUCCUGGCAUUGAGAAGUUUCAAUAAAGACUUAACCAAAAAAAAAAAAAAAA